CCUCCCGAAUCCUCUCCCUCCCGUGCGCCGCCUCCCCCCCAGAAACCCUAGCCGCCGCCGCCGCCGCCACCGGACCGGCCAGAUCCGGCGGACCCCCGCCUCGCGGGACCCCCGCGGACCUCUCCCGAAUCCUCCUCCUCCCUCCCUCCCGUGCGGCCACCCGGCAGGCCGGCGGCUCUCUCCCGAACCCUCCUCCCGUGCGCCAGCCGGCGUCCAGGCCGGCGCGGCCGUGCGGCCAGCCGGCGCCCAGGCCCGCGGGGUGAGCCCCCAAGCCGCCUCGCCUCCAAAAUUAAAAGCUUCACCUCUGGCAAGUUCCUAAAAACGUGGUUACAUGGCUAUCAAUUCAUCCUUAUGACUGGCUGGUCAAGAAUCAUUCAGAUAUCGCUUACAGUUGGCUAACUUGACUUCAGGAGGGAGACUUGACUUGCUGUCAGCUAUGAGGAAGGUGAACAAUUUGCCAAGGAGCAUGGCCUAGUAUUUAUGGAGGCAUCUGCAAAAACUGCACAAAUUGUUGAGGAGGUAUUCAUCAAAACUGCUUGAACAAUAUACAAGAAAAUCCAAGAUGGUGUCUUCGAUGUAUCUAAUGAGGCUACCGACGGCGGCGAGGCGGUUGCUGGGAGCCUCAGCGGCGAGGGCGAGAUACCUCUCUAUCUUGACGUCCCCGCCCGCCAGGGCCGUCCUCUACGACCACCACGGGUCGCCGGAGCAAGUCGUCAGGGUGGCGGACGUGGCGACGGUGGAGAUUGGCGACCGUGAUGUGUGCGUGCGGAUGCUGGCCGCCCCCAUUAACCCCUCCGACCUCAAUCGCAUUGAGGGCGUCUACCCUGUCCGCCCUCCCCUCCCCGGCGCUGUCGCAGGCUACGAGGGGCUCGGCCAGGUCCACGCCCUCGGCCCUGCCGUCGAUUCCCUCUCUGUCGGCGACUGGGUCAUCCCAUCCCCGCCUUCCUUCGGCACCUGGCAGACCUACAUCGUGAAGCCGGCCACCGCCUGGCACAGGGUCCGCGCCGAUGUGCCUCCCUACUACCCCGCCACCAUCACCAUCAAUCCUCUCACCGCGCUCAGGAUGCUCCGCGACUUUGUAAACCUCACCCCUGGUGACUCUCUUGUCCAGAAUGGUGCCACUAGCAUUGUCGGUCAGUGCGUCAUUCAGCUCGCCAAACUCCAUGGCCUUCACACCAUCAACAUCAUAAGGGACAGACCUGGCUCAGAAGAAGCCAAGGACAAACUUAAACAGCUUGGAGCAGAUCAAGUAUUCACAGAAAGCCAGAUAGAUAUAAAGAAUAUCAAGACCUUGUUGGGUGCUCUGCCAGAACCUACAUUAGGAUUGAACUGUGUUGGUGGAAAUGUUGCUUCUGUCAUACUGAAAAUUUUAAGACAAGGUGGCACAAUGGUGACUUAUGGUGGAAUGUCCAAGAAACCUGUUACUGUAUCUACUUCAUCUUUCAUUUUUAAGGAUCUUUCCUUGAAAGGAUUCUGGCUACAGAAGUGGAUGAGUUCAGAUAAGGCAGAGGAAUCUAGAAAAAUGAUAGACUACCUGCUGGACCUGGUGCGCAAAGGCGAGCUCAAAUACGAGAUGGAGUUGACGCCCUUCAGCGACUUCCGUUUGGCUCUUGACAAGGCACUCGGCAAACAUGGGAGCCAACCAAAGCAGGUUCUUAUGUUCUAAGAUAAGGCCAGGACAAUGGAUGAGGGAGAACUUGUAUUCUGUAUAUUGAAAAGGAUGCAAACUAGAUCACAUAAAAUAGGAGUAGAAAGAGGAUGUAAAUAGUGCAUGUGCACGUGGCUGCCAGAUUGGCGACCUCUUUCAGUGUUUUGCUUAUAAAGCAGCACGAUGUUUUGUACACAAUGCAGCGGAUCCCUGUACGUGCCAAGUGCUGUCUAGUCCAAUGACCCUUCACUCUA